AUGCCUGUCUCUCUCAGUGUCUGGCGUGUCAGGAUCGGCACCUUUCUGAGGAGGUUCCAGUAUGAUCCGAAGAAAGAAGCUGAACAAUCAAAGGAAGAUGACAAUGCCAAUAGCCAGAAUCCAUCUAGCAAUGGCUCUUUAAUCGAUGAAAGGAGCAACGCUGUCAGUACAUCCUGUCCACAACCUCCGUCUUCUGGUGAUGUAGGGCUGAAAACCACCAAAACUGAAUCUCCAAGUAACAUCAGCAGUAUAAAGGUUGGUGUCUGUUCGGAGACUCUGUCGACCGUGGCCAUUCCUGGUUGUGAUACCGUCAAUGGAUCUCCGUUUGACAUCAGAAGCCCCGGUAAUAUCGCUCAACAUGGAUCACUGUGUGCUGAUGACCGCAUCCGUUGUUCGAGAGGAAAGAAACCUAUCCCCGUCUAUGAUCCUUCUGACACCAAGGCUCCAGAGCCUUGUGACCUUGACGACUUGGACAUGAGAUAUAUAACCAUUAAUGGCGUAUCUCCUAUUAGCCUCUGCGAUUCAACUCGAGUAAGUGAACCAGUCCAACUGGAUGGUACAUCGGAGUCAUACUCACAUGCACCUAGUUCUCAACAUGACGGCAAGCAUGACGAGAAAGAGACAUCAAAUUCAUUACCGUCGGGGAUGCAUGGCCAAUCUUCACCUAGUUCUGAAAUGGAUACAUCUAGCAAAGCUAAGCACACAUCGUGUAUGAGGGAGAUCGCAGGGUUUCAUGGAACUCCAAUUUCUACAGGCAGUAGAUCACGUUCAUCCAGUGGAGACGCAGAUGAAAUACAAAGGAAUUUGUUCUGUUCUGGUGUGACCAACGUGCUCCUACUGAGGUCUGGUGAUGUGGAGCAAAACCCUGGUCCAAACGCCAACCCGGGUAGUCUAACUGAGCUCGAACUCAAUCUCCUUGCUGACGGAAUGGAUCCAUCAGACUUCAGGAAGGUUGGACUAGCUUUGGGAUUCACCGAGGCUCAACUACGUCGAUUUGAGAGAGAUAACAUUGGAAACAUCAUGCAAGCUACCUAUAAGAUGCUUUGCGAAUGGCUGAAGACAGUACUACCAGAUGAAGCGAGGGAGACACUAUCUAACAAGUUAAAAGACACCAAACUCGUACAGCUCGCCGACAAGUUACAGAAAGGUCAGGUCGGAGAUCACAUACUAUCACUGACAGAAGAAGAAUUAAAACGGGUCAUCAUAGAGGUCAAGAAAUAUUCUGCUAUUCACCACUGUCAAAUUCAAGCCGAUCCACUUAACAGUGAGCUUAUACUUGAAUUUAAACGGAUUUUCACAAAUCUGAAGUUGAUGGAAGAAGAUAAGGGAACAAAGGAUAUGACACCGCUUCUCUAUGAAGACCUACUCAAGACCAAGGUAAACGAAGUCUUUCCUCAACGUUUGUUGGUUGAAGGUGAAGGUGGUGUAGGGAAGACAACUCUCUGUGCAAAGAUCGUUUGGGACUGGAUUCAUGGAGCAGGUUACAAAGAAUUCAGACUGGUACUUCUCGUCCUCCUUCGUGAAGUUAAGGAUAAGACCAUUGGAGAGAUCAUAAUGUCUUACCUCCCAGACGACAUCAAGGUUACAGCCAUGCAGCUAAACAAGUAUGUCUUUUCCCAUCAGAAAGACGUCCUUCUUGUUCUGGACGGUUUUGACGAGUUAGCUGGCGAUCUUGAUAGCUGUUACCAAAUCGCCCUUAUCAUCCUGAAUCGGCUGUUCAAGUCAGGGAAAGUACUAAUCACAUCAAGACGAUGGAGAUCAGAUGAGAUACGGAAGAUUACAGAGCUUAGAAAGCUCUAUGCCUUCAUUGCCGUGGAAGGUUUCUCUUAUGAAAAUCUUUCCUCCUACAUCACCCAGUUCUUCCAUCCAGACACAACUUCAUCUAAAGAAUUGAAUCGAUUCAUAUUGAACAACGAUGUGAUCAGAGAGAAUAUGGCCCCCUUCCCAAUAUACACAGCAAUGCUGUGUACUAUGUGGAAAGACUUCAACGGCGAACGCCGUGAGGCAAUGUCCAAACUGCAAACUUUCUCUCAGCUGAUCGAUGAGAUGGUCCUAUUUUUGAUUGAUCAUCAUCUUUCCAAGCGCGAUACGUCGGCAGGUGAUGUUUGCAGAGAACUGGAUUUGAAACGUAAGGAGAUUCUGUGUCAUCUGACUGAUAUCGGUUGUCUUGCCUUGCGGGGACUCCAUGAGAGGAGACUGGUGUUCACUGAACAGGAAUUCCAGCGCUGGCCGGGAUCUUUGGAAACAGGUUGCAAAGUCGGAGUGCUCACUAAGCAAACCCAAACCCCUUCGAGGAGAGAGAGAAGACACCGUUCUCAUUCUGCAGUCACAUCUGUGCAGUUCUCUCAUAAGCUCUUUCAGGAGUAUCUAUCAGGGAAGUAUCUGGCAUACCUCCACAAUUCAGACAAGAGCAAAUACGACAACCUGAUGAAGGAUAUCAUCGGAAAAGCAAGAGAAUUCCGGGAGCUUCUGUACUUCACCUCAGCCCAGCAGAAGGAGGUCGGAUUGGAUAUCGUAUCUCGUCUAGCCAAACAACUCACUGUUGAUGACUUCAUUGUUGAUGUAAUAUAUGAGAGUCAAGACCAAACAGUGGCUAAAGCUGUAGCAGAUCAUCUAUCGAGUUCAUCUAUGAAGACACUUGAGAUCGGGUUUCCGAUGCAGGCACACACGGUAUCAGGACAUAUCUUUCUCAUGAAUCAACAGCAGAAGAAGAGAACUUACGAAGACGAUAACAUAGCCGGUGACUCUGGUGAAGAAAAUAGCGACGAUGGUGGACAUGAUAACACAAUUUCAGCUGGUCACUCAACUGUAGCGGAUGAAUCCAGGGGCCAGCUCCUUGAUAGCACACUGAAGAAAGCUAUUGAAAAACAGAUUGCCCAUUCACUACGUUCAUCGAGCCUGAUCAAACGCCUAGCAGAUGAUGUAUAUGACGUUAUAGCUGCAAAGUUGGAAGAACAAGUUGUGGAUAAGGUGUACAAAGCUGUCAACCUGGACUUGAAGAAGUACAUGGAUGAAGUCGAAACUAUGGAAAAGAAAAUGUCUGAAAUGAAGAAGGAAACGAAAAUGCUUCAAGACGAGAAUGAAGAGGCAGAGCAAUACAGCAGAAGAAACUGUCUACGACUUUAUGGCAUUCCUGAAGGACCAGAAGAAAAGACUGACGAGCUCAUCCUGGAUGUUUUUAACAGCAAACUUGGUCUUACAGUUCCACCAGAUGCGAUUGAUCGCAGUCAUCGCAUCUUUCCACGUCCGAGGCAAGGUGAUGAACAGAGACACGAAUCGUCAUCAUACGCAGCUGCUUCAAGGAGGAAUCAGCCGAGACCGAUAAUAGUGAAGUUAGCAGGUACAACAUCCGGAAUGACGUCUACAAGGCGAGAACGAAAUUGA